AUGCUAGUUCAACGUUUAAGUGAGAAUGACGUCAGUUUGUAUCUACCAUCACUGGAAACAAUGCGGACUCUUAUUCGGGCAUCAACCACAUCAAUGACUUCAGUACCGAAACCUCUCAAAUUCAUGCGACCUCACUAUGCUAAAAUGAAGGAGGUGUUCGAGAAAAUGCAACCAGGUCCGACGAAGAACUUAUGUGCUGACAUUAUAUCUGUGUUGGCAAUGUGUUCGGAUGAAAAGAGUGACUGCAUCAAUUUCCGUAUGAAGGGUAUGCAUGAACCGAUAGGCGACUGGGGACAUGAAUACGUUCGCCACCUAGCUAUGGAAAUGUCAGAAGAAUGGAAGCAGGCAUCCGAUGGUUCUGAAAAGAGCAAGGCUAGGCGGAAUGAACUACUUGUUCUAGCGCGGGACAUUGUCAUGCACAAUAUGAAGCAUAAUGCUGAGGUGGAAGCAUGUGAUUUGUUGAUUGAAAUUGAACGACUAGACCUUCUUAUGGAAUACGUGGUAGAUGUUGAUCAUCAGAGGGUCUGCCUAUACUUGCUCAGUUGUGCUCCACUGACGCCUGAUCCAGACAAUUUUAACCUCAUCAGAACUGCAAAAGAUAUUUACUUGAAGUAUAAACGCUACCUCGAAGCAGUACGAUGUGCCAUCAUGCUGAAUGAUCCCGCUGAGAUUAAAGAAAUCUUCACGAAAACUGAUGAU